GAGAAAGCAAGUUUGGAACUACAGCUAAAAAUGGAGCAGCAAAGAGAAAAAGUUGAUAAAGUAUUGUCGGAGGGCCUUUUUAAGUUCUCGAUCAAAUGUCUGCGUAAAUACAUGAAAAUCAAACCAAAAAGCAAGUAUGCCUUAUUCAGUUCAUAUAAUUUAUAUGAAGCAUUAUUUUGGUUUAUCUUACAUCCAGUGGUGCUAUUGAACAGCGUUUAAAAGAUAUUCUUUAUUUAACGGAAGUCUUGAAAGAUGAUUUAAUCGGUACUAUUACUUUUGAUAAAUAUGGCUCACAAGUUGUCAACGCAGCAUCAACCUCUCAAGAUGAACAAUUAGAGACAAAUGCGGCUGCAUGUAAUUACGAGAAGAAGAGUAUGUGUUGGAUUACUAGUAAGCUUUCCGUAAAUCUCGAAUUAAUGCAUGAAAUUUUCGACAAAAUGAUUAUAUACACUGGUGACAGAACUAUCAGGAAGAUACCUAAAAUUAUAAAUAAAGAAAUACGAUCUCAGACGGAGAAUUACAUACGUAAUCCGAUAAAAUUAAGUCUGUUAGGAAAUGUGGAGAUUGUUUUGAUGACUAUACUUCGUUUUAAUCGAGAAUUUCAAAAAUUAACACCUCAACCUGAUACACAAAGUACGCCGACUGAAUCUGAUGAGUGGGAGUGCAAAAGCUUUUUCUACAAGGAAUUAAGCACAUUCGUAGGCGAGUUUCCCUAUGAUAAGAGCAAUGUAUCGUUAUUUAUAUUGCUUCCUGCUUUAGUGAUCCCAAAUACCGAAUAUUUCAAACUAUGCGACAAGAACUCUAGCCUUAACAACUUGAUCAAACGAUUGUCGACUAACGAGGGAAUUUGCGAAUUGCGCAAAUUGCUAGAUAAUGAUAUUGGAAAGGAUGAAUCGGAAAGUUUAAAGACUUUCAGUCUUGGCCAAUCUUCGAGUUGGAGAAAAAUGUGAAAAUUCAGGUGCUGCUGCAAGCUUUAGGCCUCGAACAAUUAUUGAAGUUUGACGCGAUCGACCUGUAUAAGUUAUUUUCGGGGGACGACCAGAAGGUGCAAUACGGCAAUGUUGUGCACCGUGUUCACGUCAAGGUCACGGAAAAGAACACCGUCGCGGGUGCGAUGACGUUGCUCACCGGACAGAGGACUCUUCCGAACCUGCAGAUGAUAAAGGUGGAGGCCGAUUAUCCGUUCGUCUGGCUGAUUUAUGACAAAUGCCAUCGAGACAUUCUUUUUAUCGGUGCUUUUAGAAACUUUAAUUCAGACGAGGAUUGUCAUUCCGAUGAGCUUUGCUAGCAAUUCUUUAAGUUGAGACAUUUAGAUGAGGACAAAUAUAUAAAUUUUCUACUUUAAAGUCAAUUUUUUGUCUAUUUGAAUUUCAAUGAAAGAUUAUAUUAUAGGAAAUAUAAUAAAUUUUAUUUAAAUAAUUUGAGACGGAAAUGACAAAUUAAUGUCUUGUGAUAUACAAAUUCAUGUUCGCUUGCUGUUCAAAUUUUUGAAUUUUCUGAGUAUUGAGAAAAAAGGAACCCUCGUGUUCUUCAAAGUAUUUCGGAAUUAUAAUCUGUUAAAUGAUUCUCUUAAUAUAUUUAUUGCAUUUAAAUUUCAUUGUUUUAGAUCUAUUUGUUGUUUUAAUUAGCCAAAG